UCAGUACACAAGAAUGAGAUGUCGUUAUCAUAUAGGGAAAAUAACUUAGAAGAAGUCUAUUUAAACGAAUGCAGGCAAACGCAUCCUUUGCAUUAUUUUUCCUCAGACCUUCUAAACUUACUUGGCUAUUUGUUCCCAAAAAACUUCAUCCUGCAUCCAUAUCCUUCAACGUUAUUUCUCAAGGUGAGAGAUGGAUAACAUAAAAGCUCCAUUUCGAGGGAUACGAAGUGAUAUCAGAGGAAGACUUGCAUGUUAUAAGCGGGACUGGAUUAAUGGUCUCAAACAUGGAAUCGGGAUACUCAACCCUGCUACCUCUAUCUUUUUUGCUUCCGCUCUUCCUGCUAUAGCCUUUGGGGAGUUGUUAAACAAGAAAACAGGUGGAAACCUGAGUUCAGUGCAAACUCUAUUUUCAGCUGCAAUUUGUGGGCUAAUACACACAGUAAUUGGUGGACAACCACUUCUAAUUCAAGGAAUUGCAGAACCUACUGUUCUUAUGUAUACCUUUUUGUAUGAUUUUGCUAAAAAAAGGGAUGAUUUGGAACCUCUUUUCUUGGCUUGGACAGCAUGGGUAUGUUUAUGGACAGCCCUUUUGCUGUUGUUAAUGGCAAUUUUCAAUGCGUGCGAUAUCAUUGACCGAUUCACAAGGAUAGCUGAAGAACUUAUAGAAAUGUUGAUUGCUGUUCUCUUCAUCCAAGAAGCUAUCAAGGGAAUUAUAAGCGAAUUUCAAGUUCCAAAAGGAAAGGACGAACCAGACAAUAGUGCAUACGAAUUCGAGUGGCUUUACUCAAAUGGAUUGCUAGCACUCUUAUUCGCUUUUGGCCUUAUUUAUACUGCAUUCAAAAGUAGAAAAGCAAGGUCAUGGUCGUAUGGAACAGGUUUCAUAAGAAAUUUCAUAGCAAAUUUUGGAGUUCCAAUGUUGAUACUAGUGUGGGCAGGAUUGUCGUAUGCUGUUCCAAGCAAAGUUCCUUCUGGAGUUCCUAGGAGGUUAUUCAGUCCUCAUCCUUGGCAUUCUUGGGAUUCUUGGACUACUAUUACUAAAAUGGGAGAAGUGAACGUAAGACACAUAUUUGGCGCAUUUAUACCUGGAUCAAUGAUGGCAAUACUUUUCUUUUUCGAGCAUAAUGUGGCUUCAAAGAUGGCACAGCAAAAGGAAUUUAAUCUUAAGAACCCUUCUGCUUACCACUAUGACAUCUUUCUCCUCGGCUUUAUGACUUUGAUAUGCGGGUUUCUGGGACUUCCUCCUUCAUAUGCUCUUCUUCCUCAUUCUCCCAUGCACACAAAGAGCCUCGCUGUUCUCAAAAGACAUUCACUUCGAAGAAAGAUGGUCGAAAGUGCCAAAGAAAGCAUACAUAAACAUGCUACUAACUCCGAAAUUUAUGGCAAUAUGCAAGCUGUUUUCCUAGAAAUGGACAGGACCAAAUCGACAAAUAGAGUGGUGAAAGAGCUAGAAAACUUAAAGCAAGCAGUAAUGAAGGGAGAAAAUGAAGGGAAAGCAACAUUUGAUCCAGAGAAACACAUUGAAAAUUAUUUACCAGUGCGAGUUAAUGAGCAAAGAUUGAGCAAUUUAUUGCAAUCUCUUUUGCUUGGAUUUUCAGUUUUCGCCAUGCCUGCUCUUAAGCGUUUACCCUCUUCUCUUCUUUGGGGUUAUUUUGCUUACAUGGCUAUUGACAGUCUUCCUGGUAACCAAUUUUGGGAAAGAAUCCGACUUAUCCUUAUCAGUAAAAGUAGAUUUCACAAGGUUUUGGAAAAGAACCAUCCUUCAUACGUGGAAACAGUGCCAUAUAAAUACAUUUUGACUUUCACACUAUUCCAGUUUACAUACUUGCUUCUUUGUUAUGGCCUAACUUGGAUACCUUUAGUUGGAAUAAUCUUCCCCUUGCCAUUCGUUCUUCUUAUAAUCAUAAGACAUCUUGUAUUACCAAGGCUUUUUGAGCCGCAUCAUCUCCAUGAACUCGACGGUCACGAGUAUGAGGAAGUCGUAGGUGCUUCAAGGCGUUCAAUCCAUGCUAUGUCAUCACCAUCCUUUAGGGAAAAUGGCAAGGCUAUUGAGAAUGUUGGCAAUCAAGAACAAAUUGAAGAAGAUCAAUUUUCUGAUUCUGAAAUAUUGGAUGAAUUAACAACUCAUAGAGGAGAACUAAAGAUUAGAACUACAAGCUUUCGUAGUGAAAGAUGGGCUUCCAGUGGUAGGCCGGAGAUGCACUCUAGAGCUAUAAGUAUGCGAGAUGACCGACGAUUCAGGGUCUUUCCAGAGGAUAUUCUAUAAACGGAGCGAAGCUAGAUGAAGAACCGAAGCGUAUAUCAGAUCACGAUACUUUUAUAUACUUCCUCCGUUCCAUAAUAAGUGAAACACUUGCUAUUUUAGAACGUUUCAAAAUAAGUGAAACAUACCUUAAAUGGAAAAAAGAAAGUUAUAAAAUGACAAGAAUACCCAUCACAAACUUGUGUGGUUUGCUUUUCUCUCUCCUCCUUUUGAUAAAGAAAAGGGUAUUUUAUGACUUUUUGGCUUUUGAAAGUGAUGUUUAUUAAAUCUUGUGCCAAAUCCCUAUGUUUCACUUAUUAUGGAACGGAGGAAGUAUAUACUAGCUUAGUUCUAUCCUUGUUACAGUAUAACAGAAAUAAAGAUUUUGUUAUUCUGUUAUAAAGUAGUUAAGAAACUGUUAGCCAGUUUUGGCGCCAAAUUCUGUUAAAUAGAGAAUGUUCUAAUCUCUGACAUUCUGUAGAUCUUUUGUUGUAAGCUGUAGUAUAAAUAACAAAGGAGCUAA